CGUUAUUUUCGCUGUUACACCAUCGAUGUGUGCCGUUUGGAUGGUAGUCGCACGACCAUCUCAACAAGAAUAUGCACGAAGCCCAAGAAUCCAAUCGUGACUGAGUAUCUCCUCAGCAAUGUUCGCUCAAUUCGAUGCGUCAUUUUCCACAAAGCUCCGAGCAGUGCCACAUCUUCACCGCCAGGCUCACGCUCAGACUUCUCGUCGACGCAUUUAGCGGCGGUGAGCUCUGCGACAUGCCAUCAUGGCAUGUUCAACUGUGUGUAAUUGACCUACAUACAAGUGAGGCGUGGACCUGUCCGCCCACACGCGACCAUUUUCCGGAAUUGAGGUCUGCAUCGGGCAGAACCGCCUCUCGGCCGGGGUCGCAGCACAUGAGGCGAGGAUAGCCGACUUGGAUAUCAACAUCCUUUGGUGGCCGUUUCGCAUCACAGUGGCUUGAUUUCAGUAAACAUCUUCCUUACCCAAAAUCUGGUUUCUUCCCUUCUGCUCAGAUCUAUUUGCAUUCUCGCCUAUUCGUCCUGUUUUGCCAUCAUGGCUUCGGAACAAUACAAAAUCAUCUCCUUAUUUCAGACCAGCGGAGCUGCGGGUACAGUAAAGAGAAAGGAUUCCGGAGCAUCAGAUGCGAUUGCGCAGUUGAACGAUUUCAAAGGGUUUGGUACAAAGAGUUCCAACUCAACACCGCCGCUCCAGCCUGUAACCUUGACAUUCACACCAUCAGUUGGCAGUACGUGUGUUUCGUUGUACCCUCGCACGAAAACCUUCACGUACUCGUCCGAAAUCGACGAGAGCAACUGCAUUGCAAAAUGCGAGAACGGUGAGACGUGGCGCAUCAGUGCCGUGCCCUCAUCACCGGACUCCGAGACUCCAAGAUUCACAUUUGAGCGCAUGGAUGGUGAUAAAGAUGCUGUAAAGGAGAGCUUCAGGAGGUGCUCAGUCGCUAUACCGCCAGCUAGCACUUCACCCAGGCGCCAGUCGAGUGGUGAAUACGGAAGGAGAUUAAGCGUGGGUCACUACAGCUCAGGAUUAUCUGGUUUCAAGCUGCCAUACAUGACCAAAACGUGAAGUAAUUUCACCCGAGGUAGCCUUUUGUGUUAUGGCGUACGGCAAAGUUGGAUAAUAACGGCAACAUAUGACUUUCAAGUUGUUACGAUUAGCACUCAUCAUACCAAUCAAAGUGUUUUUACAACA